AUGAGAGAGAGAGAGAAUGAGAGGGAGAGAGAAUGAGAGAGAGAGAGAAUGAGAGGGAGAGAGUACUCACUCCACUGCGCAAGACAGAGGACGGAGGGAGAUGAGAGAUAACGAGAUUAAACAGACUCAGUAACGUCGGUUUCGUUUACUGGUUUCAGCCGAAGAGAAAUCUUUACGUUUUAACAGUCUCUAUGGCUGAGUGUCAGGGAUCCGCUCUUCAGACCCGGCUGGCAAUAAUGCAGCGAUCUCUCAUCAUCAUAUAGUCUCUGCGGUAAACUCACCUCCGCUUCUGUAGGAGAAUCAGUGCAAGUGAUACGGGGAUUAAUAUUACAUGGGGCAUGUAGUGUACACUGGACCGGGUACAGGAUUAAAGCUCGUAUAAUCGGAGCAGAGUUACAGUACAGGAGCAUUCCCGUGCACCAGGCAUCAGGUAAACAGAGUUUGGAUCAGUGCAGUCGAAAUUUCCCCUGGUUCGGUAAUAAAUCCUAUUACUUGAGAAAGCUCAAGUGUUUCACAUGGGAGAGGCGAGGGUUCGGCUGCCUUUCGCUUGGACCCGGGCUCGUUGUCAAGAUGACAGCGCUUCAGAAACUGAGCGGGAGAAGCGAUGGGCUGAGUUGUUCGACCAGCUCGAUGGGAAUAAAGACGGGAGGAUAGAUAUUAACGAACUUCGCAGUGGACUCGCAGCAUGGGGGGUCGUCCGCAGUGACGUGGACGAGAUAGUGCGUGUGAGUGAUACCAAUCUUGAUGGACAAUUGGAUUUUGAAGAAUUCACCCAGUAUUUGCGCACCCAAGAGAAAGAGCUCAGACUCAUGUUCCACAGUCUGGACAACAACAAUGAUGGUCAUAUAGAUGUAGGAGAUAUCCAGCAGUCUUUGCAAAGUCUGGGUGUUAAAGUGUCAAUUGAGCAGGCCUCCAGGAUACUGCAAAGUAUGGACAGAGAUGGCUCAAUGACCAUCAACUGGAAUGAAUGGCGAGAUCAUUUCCUGUUCAAUCCAUUCCACAAAAUGGAGGAAAUUGCCCACUUUUGGAAACACUCUUUGAUGCUUGAUAUUGGAGAACACCUGACAGUGCCAGAUGAAUUUUCUGAACGGGAGCGGAGGGCAGGAUUGGUCUGGAGGCAGUUAGUUUCAGGCGCAAUUGCAGGAGCUGUAUCCAGAACUGGAACUGCUCCGCUAGACAGAAUUAAGGUUUUCCUACAGGUUCAUGGGUCAGCAGGUGUUAGCCUGUGGUGUGCACUGCAGCGAAUGGUGCGGGAGGGGGGUAUCAUGUCCUUAUGGAGGGGCAAUGGCAUAAAUGUUGUCAAAAUUGCUCCUGAGUCUGCAAUCAAGUUUAUGGCAUAUGAACAGAUAAAGUGGCUAAUUCGAGGCACAAAGGAAGGGGGCACACUGAGGGUUCAGGAGAGGUUUGUUGCUGGCUCAUUGGCUGGAGCCACUGCUCAGUCUAUCAUCUACCCCAUGGAGGUAUUGAAGACGCGUCUAACUCUACGGACGACAGGGCAGUACUCUGGGAUGGUAGACUGCGCCAAGCAGAUUCUUCAUAAGGAAGGGGUGCGAGCCUUCUAUAGGGGCUAUGUACCUAACACACUUGGCAUCAUUCCUUAUGCUGGCAUUGAUCUGGCUGUUUAUGAGACUCUGAAAAAUGCCUGGUUGCAGCGGUACUGUAUGGGUUCAGCUGAUCCUGGUGUUUUGGUGCUGCUUGGCUGUGGCACUGUGUCAAGCACCUGUGGCCAGUUAGCCAGUUACCCGCUGGCCCUUAUCCGUACUCGCAUGCAGGCGCAGGCUUCCACAGAGGGUGCUCCAAAGCUAUCCAUGGUGGGUCAGUUCAAGCACAUAGUGACCCAAGAGGGUGUCCCAGGUCUGUACCGUGGCAUUGCCCCCAACUUCCUGAAAGUCAUUCCUGCUGUUAGUAUCUCCUAUGUGGUCUAUGAGCACAUGAAGAAAGUCCUGGGAGUUGAUUCGUAGAAACUGCUACCACAGUAUGACAAAUGACAAAUGAAUAUUAGAAGAAGUGGGCAUGCCUUAGAAGACUCAAAUGAAGAAUAAACCAAGACGAAGCAGACCGAUGACUUGGUGAUGAAGCAGAAGAGUAAUGCUCAAAACCUAAUCUACAUUAUAUACAAUCAUCUGCAGCAUAUUUACAUUAUAAUAGAUUGGAAGGAUGGCACUUAAUUUGAAUAGGUCUACAAACACAUGGGUGUUACAAACACAUUCCUUAUUCCAUUUUUUAUUGUAAUUACUAAUUGCCACAGCGGUAUACUAAAAUGUUUGUUUAACAAGCUCAGAUAACUAUUUUUUAUUGAAUAAAACAAAAUGUUUUAUUACUGGACGUUUCACAGACGAUGCUCUUUUGAAUUAGUUUUUUGUU